AUGAAUAAUACGAAUAGUACAUGUUCGACGGCAUCGGAGCGCUCUCCACUUCUUGGUGGGAGGGAAGAUACGGGUCGACGACAGGAACAAGAACAAGAACAACAACAAGAACAACGACUGCAGCCAUGGGGUGCAUCAAUCAUUUUCAAAUUGUUAUUCACGAGCACCAUUGUGAGUUUGUCAUUUGGUGUGACACAAGUUCCUCUCAUCUACGUCUUCGGAACAAUGACAUGUAACGAAUACUACAAAACCCACCCAGACCCCGGCCUCUCCGACCCAUUACGAUGUCACAACACCAUCAUCCAAGCCAGUACAGCGCGAGCCGUGGCACUCCUCGGAGCGGGGACAACUCUCUUCGGCGUCAUCAAUCUGUUCUACACGGGCUGGACGAUCAAACGAUUCGGCGUCAAAUCCGCGCUGCUGAGUAGUGUCUUCUGGCCAGCCGUUCGCUUGGCGGUACAAAAUGUCGGAGUACAUCUAGGCGGCGGAAUGGGAAUUUGGAUCAUUCAGGCUUCGCAGGCCAUCACGAUUGUGGGUGGGCCGGCGGGAUACUUAUUGGCGUUGAAUUCUUUCGCUGCGGAGGUGGUGGAACAUGCUGCGAGGACUGCUGCAAUGGGGAGAUUGCAGGGCUGUGCAUUCUUUGGGACUGCACUGGGCUAUCUUAUUGGUGGUUAUUCGGCGGAUGUGCUGGGGAUUGUGUGGCCAUUCAGGAUCACCCUGGGCUUGUUUUUGUUGUCGUCAGUCUACAUUCUGUUUUUCUUGCCUUGGAUCAAGGCGGAUCUAUCACCCGAGGUGCAGAAAAGGACGCAGUCUCUGUCAUCAUUUUUCGAUCCUUUGAGGAUGUUCGUGCCUUCGAAGUGGAGGUUGAGGGACGGGAGAAUCCAGACGGAAUAUGGCAUUAUCUUGCUCGGUGCGGGAGCAUUUACAGCAUUGCUGGCAACAGGCUACAUUCCAGUCCUGUUGCAAAUGUAUGCCACCGAUGUGCUCGACUUCGGCACUACGGAGAACGGGUGGCUGAUAUCGAUCAACUCGCUCAUCCGAGGCUGCUUCUUGACAUUCGCCUUCCCUGCGAUUAUUGCCGGAGGCAGGAGGUGGACCGAACGACGAGAUGCCAAUAUGGACAGAAUCUUGAUCAAAGAGUCGGAAAUAGAGGACAUACCCACGCAUCCCCAGGAAUUCGAGCCAGAACCGAUCGGCGGCGGAGAGCAGCCCAUCGAGCCUCCGAGGCCGGAAGUGGACCUUGAGGAAUCUUUCGCUUUUGAUCUCAUGUACUGCAGAUAUUCGAUCCUGAUUGAUGGCAUUUUGACAGCACUGGCUACGUUCAGCUCGAAAGGGUGGCACAUGUACGUGGUGUCCAUAGUGCUCCCUCUGGCAGCUGGAACAGGUUCUGCAGCCAAAGGCACCAUCCUCCAAAUGUGCUCUCCAGCACAACGGGCGGAUGCUCUGAGCGCGAUCAGUCUGGUAGAAAUGGCGGCCAGGCUUGCAACGACGGGGCUGUUCGGAUACGUGUUUUCGGCAUUUGCAGCUAUCGGGGAGCCCUCGUUAACAUUCGCUGUCAAUGGCGGAGUUGCAAUUCUAGCCUUUGUGAUUCUAGUAUUUGCGAGAUUCCCUCCGAGAGGUAGUACCAGGGUUGAUGCUGAGGAUGAUUAA